AUGACGACUCUCACCCCCCGUGAAUCCUACUCCCAGGAGGAGAUCCAUCAACUCUACCCAAAAGAGUUACAGCUUCAAUUGGUCCAAGUGGUAUGUGAACGUACUCCGGUAUCGUCGCGCUUUGAGAAUGCUGGAUUGAUUCCAUAUUGGCCGUACUGCAAUGUUGCCCGUCGCAUGGUCCAGAUGGCCGCAGGCGAUGAGAACAUCUCGACCUGGAAUGGCUUUCAAUGGCGCAGGAAAAUGGAGGCGUUCGGUGAAAGGGAUGAGUCGGUGGUUGCUGUAGGCGCAGGUGGUGAUAUUGAAGGCAUCUGUCAACACGGAGAAUUGACCGACAAAGGACGUGAAACAACAUACCAACUCGGACAACGCUUACGACGAUUGUAUGUGGACCAACUCGGAUUCAUGCCCAAAAUUAAAUCCGAUACCGAGGAUAUGUACCUUCGGGCGACAACCAUCCCACGAGCUUUGGAGUCUCUGCAGCAAGCGUUCUGGGGCAUGUACCCUCCAAGUGCCCGUACGCAAGACUUCCCGCCUCCUGUGAUUGUCGCCCGUUCUGUAUCGGAGGAGACUCUUUUCCCCAAUGAGGGCAAUUGCCGUAGGUUCAGGCAACUGGCUAGGCUAUUUGCUGACCGAGCAGCAAAGAAAUGGAACAACUCCGAGAAAAUGGACUACAUCAACAGUGUUUAUUCCAAGUGGAUGCCUGAAAACUCCCCCCGGGUCGGCGUCGAUUCCCACCCUCGUUUAUCUGGUAUAAACGAUACGGUCAAUGCAACUGCCGCUCACGGGCCUGCGACGAAACUCCCCGCUGAAUUCUACAACGACAAGGCAAGGAAGUAUAUGGAAGAAAUUGCCGUUGACGAGUGGUUCGCCGGCUACAACGAGAGCAAUGAGUACCGUAAACUCGGUAUCGGAGCCCUUAUGGGUGAUAUCGUUGACCGCAUGGUCAGCACCGCUGUCGACGGCGGCUGGCGUAGCGAAAACUCCCCUUCCGGAUCCUCGCGAGAAAAUGGCAAAGCCAUCAAAUUCGCCAUGAGCGGAUGCCACGACACCACCCUCGCUGCCAUCCUAAAUAGCGUCGGUGCCUCCGACGGAAAAUGGCCCCCCUUCACCUCCUCCGUCGCGAUUGAGCUCUUCUCCCGCGCAGAGCCUAGCCUUGACCGCGCCAACGUUGGUGUCGUUCUCGAAGAAUUCUCAACCCCUGCAAUUAAAAAGGGCGGUCUUUUCUCCUUUUUCUCCGGCUCCGGCUCGAGCGCUAGCUCCGCGUCGUCGACCCCAUCACUCUCCCCUUCCACUACGGCUCGUGCACCGCUCUCCACCCUCGGGGAAUCCGCCCAACAAGCGCUCCAAAAACACUACGUUCGUAUCCGCUACAAUGACGUCCCCGUCCGUAUCCCCGGCUGUGCUGCUUCACCGCGUAAACAUCUCCACGGGGACGAGACAUUCUGCACCCUGGACGCAUUCAAGGAGAUCGUCGAUAAGUUCACGCCGAAGAACUGGCGGGACGAGUGCAUGCUGAAUCUAGGAGAGGGGCUAUAUGGCAAGGGAGAGGCGGAAAAAGCGGCAUCUGGGUUUUAAGUCAUUUGCGGGGAGGGGGGGUCUGCUCUGCUUCUUUGCUUCUUAAAAGAUGUUGAUUGACUGAUUCAUUCACCUUAUUUCCUCGAAAAUAGAUCGUCCUUACACAAAGUAUUUACGCAUUUCAUACAUACAUAUAUAUAUAUAUAUAUAUCCCUAUACUUGUUCAUUAAAAGUACCAUUGAUAUCGUUAUAUUUAGUGUAUACAUUAUUCUACACGAU